CUUCAUUUGAAACUAACAAAAAUAGCGUCACGAGUUGAUUUUUAAUAGCGCAGCGUUAUCUCCACAGGUUCGGUCGUAAAAAGCCUGCGUUCUUGUAUUUUAUCAUUGGUGGAAUAACCUGCAUUACUGCCUCUGUUUUACCGAAGAACGAUGGUAAAAAUUGGCAAAUUGCUUCAUUCAUUCGUGAAAAUAUUCUUCAGCAAUCUUUUGUAUUUCAGAAUCUUUAGAUGCAGUGAAGACAUUUUGUCGUUGUUUGGAAGAACGUGUUUAGGUGGUGAUUUUGCCAUUAUGUUUAUUUACACGUCAGAGUUGUUUCCCACCGUCAUCAGAAAUAUUGGUCUUGGCGCAGGAGUAUUUGGUGCUAGGAUUGGUAAUAUUUUAGCACCGCAAAUCACUCUUCUGGGAAUGUACACCAACGAUUCUGUGAUUUUAGUUAUAUUUGGAGUGACGACACUUAUUUCUGCUGGUUUGCUCAUGAUGUUACCUGAAACAUUAAACAAGAAAAUCCCCGAGACGAUUGAAGAAGUGUCUUUGAGCAAGGCACGUACCGACCAAAAUGUCCGUCGAGGAGACAUCAAGAUUGAAGCAUAAAGAACUAUGAACGCAAAUGAUUUAAUGUUACAACUUUAAACUUGUUGGUGGGAUGUUGAUUUUUUAAUAAUAAAACAAUCGAUGAUUGAUCAGA